AUGAUUUUAAGUCGGAAUUCAUCAUCGGUAUCUUCACAUGAAGAUGGUCCCACAGCUUUUGCCAAUGUCACAGCAUCGGCCAGCCAAAUCGCCACGAACGCCAAUGACACCGAUCAGCAGCAUCUGACCUACAACAGUCACUCUCAGCAAAUGGCGUCACAGCAGCAGCAGCAUCAUCAUCAUCUGAAUCAUCAGCACUUGACCCUAACGGCACGUCAGCAGCAACACCAACAACAACAACCCGAAUUAUGUUGUCAACAAUGUGUUAAUCGUAAAGUGAUGCGAACAUCAGCAAUGAAAACAAAUCGAAAACGCAGUGCAUCAAGUGAAAAUGUCAUGAACGAAAAAAUCGCACGCGAUGAAAAUGAAAAUAAUCACAUUGACAACAACGAUGAUGAUAUCGAUGAUGACGCGAACGAUGAUUUAGAUGAAGAUGCUGAGAUCGAUGAAGACAUCGAUAUGGAUGAGCUGGAUCAUGAGGACGACGAUGGCGACGAGGAUGAAGUUGAUCUCAUCCACGACGAUGAAGAUGAGGAGCUGACGCGACGUAUACCCAAAGUUGAGAAUAUUUCUCCAAUUCCAAAUACAACGACCCUUUUGAAGGAUAACAGCAGUAAACCGAUUUUAAAAUUUAGUGUUUCGGCAAUAUUGGGUGAUACGCGAGAGGGAGUGCGUGUACGAAAUGAAUUUAUGCAACCACAACAUAUCUGGCCUUAUUUACAACAAAAUUUCAUACAUCAUUCACAUUUUCCGCAUCCAGCUUUUCUAACGCAACAUCAGCACAAUCACAGCAACAUUCACAGCAGCAACAACAACAAUGGCAUUGUCGCCGCCAAUAGUUGUCAACCGCAAACCACAUCAUCGUCAUCACCUGGCAGUACGAUUAGUGAUAGUGACAAUCAUUCCACCUGCACCGCAAACAGUAUCAGUACGAAUACCAGUAGUAAUAACAACAACAACAGCAGCAACACUUUAUGCUCCAACAACAAUGGCCCAAAUGACAAGGAUAACAGUCAACACCAGUCACACGAUUCAACGGAGGAUAACAAUCGAAGACAUACAAUGCCUUUGGGAACGACGGCGGGUCAAGAAAAGCAAACAAUGCCUUUACACAAUCCAGGAGGUGGUGGACCCCCAUUACACAGCCAACAACAGCAACCGCAACAUCCGCAAGCCGUAAUUGCCAAACCCCUGCCUAGUCGACCAACACCAUUUCUGCCGCAUAGUCUUCAGCAUCCACACUUGCAUUCAUUGUUGGCUCACUGUAGGAAUCCCUAUAUGAGUGUUGGUGCUCAAGUAUUCCCUCUGCCUCCUGGACAAGGCUUUCCCUGGGCACAUUCAACACGUGGUAAACCACGUAGGGGUAUGAUGCGUCGUGCUGUAUUCUCUGAUUCCCAGCGUAAAGGCUUAGAGAAACGUUUCCAGCAGCAAAAGUAUAUCAGCAAACCGGAUCGCAAGAAAUUGGCCGAACGUUUGGGUCUUAAAGAUUCUCAGGUAAGUUUUU